GAAACAUGAAACAUUGUAGCCUAAGUUCAAGGUUGUGUCGGAGUCACUUCUCUGUGGUAUGAAGUGAUUAGUAUCUGCUAGACUAAGUUUACAUUGAUCUGAAGCUUAAAAUCUUCCCAAAUCCGCAUGGUUCAAGUUGAUUUCCAAUGGGCAUUAUAUACUAAUGAUGGAGUUCGAGAGGUUAUCAGGAAAUAUUAUCUCUGAACAGCUUGUUCAGAUGACGAGGUCGCUGCAAUCUUUUCGAGAUCGUUCACUUUUCACUGAUGUUAUCUUAUGUGCUGGUGAUGAGGAACUUCCUUGCCACAAAUCAGUACUAGCUGCUAGUUCAGCAUAUUUCUUGGCCAUGUUUUCAUCACCGUAUAAAGAACAGCAAACAUCCCGAGUUACAUUGAAUUAUAUUUCUCCUUGGGCUCUUCGUCGCUUGCUUGAUUUUUCGUACCUUGGUUGCUUAGAAAUAACAGAAGCCACUGUACAGGAUAUAUUUCUCGCUGCUAGUUUACUUGACUAUCCAAUAGCUAUUAAACAUUGUGUUGAUUUUAUGAAGAGUCAUUUAGAUGUUACAAAUUGUUUAGGUAUCGAAGCCUUGGCCGAAAUGCACAACCUUACUGAUUUAGCUCAGUCAUCGCAUAAAUUAGCUGUAGAGAAUUUCUCAAGCUUACUAAGAGAAUCUAAUGAAUGGACCAAUUUGUCUAUUUCAACUGUCAUUUCAUAUAUCUCUUCAGAUGAUUUAGAUGUACCUUCAGAACAAAUAUUUAAAUAUGGAUUUCUAUAUGAAUAUAAUUUUAGUAAUUGA